UUAUAAACUCGUUGAACCGAUUGAUUCGAAACAGUUGGAGUUUAAUAUCACUGUUACCAUUACGAAUUAUUAUUGCGAACGAUAAAGCUUGAACAUCGUGCUCUGAUGAAAAUUCGAUAUAUCUAGCAUACUGGAUUUAUUUAUGUUUACUUAUUAUUAUGGUGGUUUUGAUAUGAAUCAGAAUUUAAUAAAAUAUUUUAGAAUAAGCUUUGAAAUUAUUUGUAUCGGUUCAUUAUAAUAUCUUUCUUCUGCUUUUUAUCUAACGUAAGUGUGAUUCACAAUGUCUUGUUCUGCCUCGAAUUCAGUUCCGGCAGCAAAUCAAAGUUUAGUAUCUCCAGCAAGUGAUGAACGUAUCACAUUAGUCGUCGACAACACCCGCUUUGUCGUUGAUCCUGCUCUAUUUGCUGCCUAUUCAGAUACCAUGUUAGGAAGAAUGUUUGGUUCAUCCUUAGAACAUAAUUUCACUCGACCAAAUGAGAGAGGAGAGUAUGAAGUUGCUGAUGGUAUAUCAGCUACAGUUUUCAGAGCGAUACUUGAAUAUUUUAAAACUGGUGUAAUACGUUGUCCUCCAACUGUAUCUGUACCUGAACUGAGGGAUGCUUGUGACUAUUUUUUAAUUCCUUUCGACUCUAAGACUAUCAGAUGUCACAAUUUGCGUGGAUUCCUCCAUGAACUAUCCAAUGAAGGUGCCAGAAGGCAGUUUGAGAAUUUUCUUGAAGAGCUAGUUUUGCCUGUAAUGGUUUCUUCUGCUCAAAGAGGCGAUAGAGAAUGUCAGAUAGUUGUUCUGUUAGAUGAUGAUGUGGUUGAUUGGGAUGAAGAUUAUCCACCCCAAACUGGUGAGGAACAUUCACAAAUUGUUUAUAGCACUGAAAUGUAUAGGUUUUUCAAGUACAUAGAAAAUCGGGAUGUUGCUAAGAAAGUUUUGAAAGAGAGAGGCCUAAAAAAGAUUCGAUUGGGCAUUGAAGGUUAUCCUACACAUAAAGAGAAGGUCAAGUGUCGCCCCGGUGGAAGAGCUGAAGUAAUUUAUAACUAUGUCCAGAGGCCCUUUCUCAGAAUGUCGUGGGAAAAAGAGGAGGCUAAGAGCCGACAUGUUGAUUUUCAAUGUGUUCGCAGCAAAUCAAUUACGAAUUUAGAUGCUGAUGGUAUUGAAGCUUCAGCACCAGCAAAUAAUGUUGUUGUUGUUGAAGGUGCUGCAGGUGAAGUUAAUUACGAUGAAAUAUUUAUUUUACCUCCACAUCCUUCACCACGUGAGCCUUAUCCUGAAGUCCACCUGCCUCCUGAUGACGCUGUUUAAAAUCACGAAUACCACUUUCUGUCAAACCGAGUGAAAAAUAUUAAUGGCUGAAGAAGAUUCCCUUUUAUUUUUAUUGAUGUUUUUUAUUUAUUUUUAAAGACAAAGGUUGUUGUGAUUUAUAACCUGAGGAAAAGUGACAACUACAUUUGACUUUCUGUACUUAUGCUAUUUUUUGCUGACUUUGCCCAUAAGCAAUGAAAUUUUCCAAUUGUUAAAUUGAGAAUUUAUGCUUUCCAAAUUAAUCAGUACUGAUUCUGAGAACAUCUGUUCUGAAGUUUUUAUGUCCUUCAUUGUGUUAGUAACAUUUUCAGUUUUAAUAUUUCAUGUCUUAUAUGUGAAUUAUCUUAUUGUCAACAUUUCUGUAUAUUUAAUUGACAUUGCUGUUCAAAUCUGUUUUUGAUAAAUUUGUUGUUGUAAAAAUUGUAUCUUUCACUUAUGUUUAUAAAAUUGGCAUUGUUAAAAUUGUAAUUUUUCCAUAAUUUUUUUUGAAUUGAAUUAUUAGCUUAUAAUUUUAAAAGUUUAAUAUGUAUAUUUCUUUACAUUUUUCUAAAAUUGUAUUCAAAAGACGAAAAGAAAUAAAAGGCAUCAAAGGUUUCGCUAAAUUAUUUUUGCACAUGUAAACUAAGUAUAGCUUUGUAAGUUACUGUGAUUAGGUGUCAUGUGAUCAUGAUAUUUUUAUUAUUAUUUUUUAAAUAACAUUAAGUUUAUCUUAAACAUUUUCAAACAUUUUGAAUAAUGUUGAACCAAAGUUCGGAAAUGAUCUAAAUACCAAUGUUUGUGUAGGUAACGACUUUGAAAUACAGUUGCCAACACAUGGUCUUUAUAACUGAUAAGUACUAUAUUAUGUAUAAUAUAUAUUGAUAUUAUCUAUGGAUGUUAUAGUAUUUUGCUUAUUUAAUUUGCACACUUUUUAUAUUAACCUGUUCAUCUUAUCUAUUUAUUAUUUGUUUUUAAAAUUUUUUAUCUCUCUGUUAAUGUGUUUGUAUCAUUGUUCUUUAAUGGUAUACGCACUCUGUGAUGAUCUAAAAAGAAAAAUUCCAAAGCUUUUUGGAUUCAACAAUAUUUCUUUUACAAGAAAAAUGUGUAUUUCUUUUUGUGCAUCAAUUCUAAAUCUAUUAUUAUUAUUAUUUAUUAUUUUUUUUGUAAAAUAUCUUCAAAUCAACUGAUUUGUAUAAACCAAUAAGAUCAUUUCGAAUGAUAAAUGAAUGGAAGACUUACUUCAAGAAUUCAAAUCAUUUAUUUAGUGCAUAACUCUACUUUGUAUCAUCGAGAAUAGUUUUUUGGUAUAUGAUCCCUAGUUUAAACCUUUAUAACUAAACUCGUUUAAAAACAAACAAACAAAAUAUUUGUUAUGUCGGUAUUUUAUUAGUUUCCCCAUGUUUAAUUAAACUUUUUUUUUAAUACUUCCAAAAUUUUAACCAAUUAUACAAAAAUAUUAUAAAAUAAAGGUGCAAUAUUUAUGGUCUUAUUGCAUUUGAAUGCUUCUACAUGUUGUUCUAUAUCUGUGAUUAUAUGAAAUGCUUUAAAAUAAUUUUUGCUUGUAACAUACUGGCAUUUCAUUUUCCACAUAAUAUUUGUGGCAUUCCAAGACAUUCUUAUUCUUUUAUCUAUCCACAUUAGCCAAUGUCUCACUUGGUCUUAUCUAACUGCUGUUAGUAAAAAAUAUAUUGAGUCUUCAUGAUUUUUUUAUGGGCCUAAGUUUGCCAAUAUCCUACCCAGUUUUGUCUAAAAUCACCAUUAUAUUUUUUAGGAUUAGUUCAUAGAACAAUAUUUACCAGUCUAGUUACAUUGAUUUACAAUUACAUCUAGUUAAAUUGAUUUAAACUGAAUUGAAGUUAUUGUUUUGGAUGCUAUAAUCAUUCAAAUGGUCUGUAACUAAAAUGUCAGAUGUUGCUAUAAAGGUUUUAAAUUAAAUUUUUAAGGAAGUUAUGUUUUAAAACAUGCUUAUUUUUUCUUUUUAAUCCAUCUGGUCAACUGUGUAUAUUUUAGAACUUUUUCUGAAAAAUGAGUAGUAAUCUGUUCUGAUUUCUACAUCUGCAUUUGUGACCAUGAUCGUUUCACAGUUAGUCAUGGUUGAGAAUUUAUGAGUUAAAAAUGCUUGCUGACAGUUGUCAUUUAUUCUCCAGUUUCUACAUUUUUAUUUAUUAUGUCUUACUUCACUAGUGUGUUUUUAUUGUAAUGAUUAUAAAGGAAUUGCCAAAUUCAUAUUUGUUAACCCUUUGGUGUAAGUGGCACACCAGUGUCUUUUUUACAUUAUUUUUUUUCUGGUGCGGUAAAAAGAUAUUUUGGUAUUUUUUUUGCUGGUGCAGUAAAAAGAUAUUUGAACCAUAUUCAUAUUUGUUAACCCUUUGGUGUAAGUGGCACACCAGCGUUUCUUUUACAUAUUUUUUUUCUGGUGCAGUAAAAAGAUAUUUUGGUAUUUUUUAAUUAAAAAAACAGUUUAACAGUUACUAAAGGAAUCUGUUAGAUUCUUUGAAUUGUAUUUGUUCCAAAAUAUUAAAUCCAUAAAAGUCGUUAGAAAUUUUUCUACUUCAUUCAUAUUCAAAAAUUUAACAGUAAUGAAUUUUGUAAAUUAAAGAAAUUUCAAUGAUGGAUAACUGUUUCUCUGAAAUCUAAAUAACUGUAAAUAAAUGCAAUUGUCUUUAUCCAAAGAGGGACACUGGUGUCCGUUGCUGUAUUUCAUAACCAAAAAUUAUUAAAAAUGCUAUUUUCCACCUAUUUUGACCAAAAUUAAUGCAAAAUAAUGAAAAAAGUACGAAAAAGAUGUUUGAUCAAAAUUCUGCUUCAAAGAGUUAAGCAAAUAUAACAAAAAAAGAAUGAAUGAAUAAAAAAAAUUAUUUUGCAGUUGAUUUUAAACUAAAAAUUUAUAACAGUUUUUUCAGCACCAUUUUGUCCUUUUCUUAAGUUUUGUUUCUUGUGUGCGAAAAAAAAUUGUAUGUAUUUAGAUUACAAAUUAUGUAAUUGCUUUUUCUAAUCAAAUAUAAAGCAACUAGUGGCUUAAUUGGACCAAUAUAAUAUUCUCUGUAAAUUAUGUGAAAGAAAUCUUUGUUAUUGGUUUCUGGAGUUGUAUUGAUAGUGAAUUUAUAAAAGAAAAAAAAUUAAAAGUUUGAUGUAUUCA